UGAUAUCACAUGACUGCAGACUGACCGGCCGGCAUCGACUCGACUCAACUUUACGAUCAGAAUCAGAUCCACCGCGUACGUCUCACGGUGCUGACGUCUGCGAUUAAUGUACUGUCAAACAAUAACAACAACAACCAUUUAAGUGUUUAAUCAAAAAAUAUUAUGGUUAGCAAAGAGCUCACCUAAAUAUAGUGUUUAUUGAAUAGUGUUGUGCCCAAUACGGGAACAAUGUGACAGAUAAUUGACAAAUUAUAUUCAGUGAUAGUGUUAACAUAGUGAUAUAACACUCCUUAUUGUUGUGUUAGAAUUUGAAUAUGGAAUCACAUCAUUAUUGGGAAGAGAAUGGACAUGCCGUUAAGUACGACAAUUACAAUUCAAACGACGGCUUUGGUCGUGCAGGCGAACUCAACUUCGCUGCACCCUCGGAGGACGAGGCAGAUUAUCCUCCCGCUGCAUAUCUCAAGAAGGGGAAGGUACUUUUGCAGCAAGACCCGAUGUCUCAUCGCAUCAUCGAGAAACGGCGUCGCGACCGAAUGAACAACUGCCUGGCUGACCUUUCGCGCCUCAUACCCCCGGAAUACCUAAAAAAGGGCAGAGGCCGCGUCGAGAAGACCGAGAUCAUAGAGAUGGCGAUACGGCACCUAAAAUUCCUGCAGGACCGCGUCAAUGCGGCCGAGCGGCAGGCGGGCGAUGAUUACCGCACCGGCUACCAGGAGGCGGUGGCAGAAGCCGUGAGGUUCCUCGUCGAGGUGCAGGGCUUUGGUCCCGGAGACGGCCUCUGUCUACAGCUUGCGUCGCAUCUACAGAGGCACUGCGAAAUUGUUACGAAAGGCGAGCACACGCGCGACAAGCCACGCUCGCAUCCCGGCUCGUCCUCGGAGACGGCCAGCUCCUCGAGCAGCUCCCACGGGUUCGGAGUCAAGGUGAUCCAGCGGCCAGAACUUCCGCCAUUCCCGGCGGAGACCUACGACCAUGAGCGACAAGAACCACCGUAUGCUAUGGAAUGUGAUAGAGGUUAUAAUGCAUGUAUUGGCCAUACAUACAUUUCGCGACAUCUUCGUUCAGUGUCGCUGCUGCCGGCGGCCGAGGCGGACGCGCCGCGCGCGCCGCUCGACGGGCGGCUCAAGAGGGAGGCGGCGCUGCGUAAAGUGCGGAAACCUGAACACACCGACGAUUACCUUCACUCGUAUAAAUUUAAGAAUUCCAUAGAAAGGCGAUUUUCGAGGUCGCAAGACACGGAGUCGGCGGAGGGCGCGGCGCACGGCAAGCUGUACUCGCACAAGCGGCGCCGACAGGCCAAGCCCUGCGCGCCGCCCUCCACCUCCGCCUCGGCCUCCGCCUCUACCUCCGCCUCCGCCUCCACGGAGGACGCACAGGACACCUCGCCGCAGGACACGUCGAGCGAUUCCCCCCACCACCACCAGUACGACAAGCCGCCGCCCCCCACGCAAUACGUGCCAGUCUUUGCAUUAAAUUCACUCGGCAAGUACUACGUGCCGCUGAGCGUGGAGUACGCGUGCGUGUCGCGGCAGCUGGGCGCGCUGGAGGCCGACGUGCGGCCGCUGGCGGCGCUGCACCCCGUCACCAUACACGUCAACUUCCAGCCCUGCCUCAACUACCACGUCAAGCGCGAGCCCGCCGACCCCUGGCGGCCCGCCUGAGCCCUGAGCGCCUGAGCGCCUGAGACCCUCGAGACAGCUCGAAGCGAUCCCUUACUGUUCUAAACUCAAAGUCAAAUGCGGUUCGUUUUAAAAUUUGAGACCCUUGUCACGCAGUUUAUUAAUACACACAUAUGUCUAUAAGUGUUCGUUAAUCGCAUCCUAGACGACAUCGAUCGGCCGCCACAGUAAUUUACACGAAAUAAAACCCAGAUUUCAUAACUUGAUCACAAUAACUCAGAUAGAUACCUUGUAAAAAUAACUAAAAAGCAAAUAAUUUCUAAAUAUAAUUUUAUAUAUCUUUGGGACUGAUUAACAUAACGACCAAACGCAAUCACGGCUCAUCUAUGUAACUAAAACCACACAACAUGAAAAACUACAAAGCGCACCGUAGAUUGAGUAAAAGCGUAGAAUGAUCAACCAUUCGCUUAUUGGAACGCCGUCAUGAUAAUUUAAUAGCAUAUUUAUAAAGAACUUAACAUUAUGUGGUAGCCAUUUUCUCCGACGUUAAAUUUUUGUGAACUCAUUAUUAGUGAUUAAAAAUAAAAGUAUUGAUUUAAGAAGCAAUAGAAUAUGUAUAUAGCUAAUGAACAAUUUCAGUGGCAGUUAUAAAUGUAAGGGGAAAGUAAAGUCUUGUAAAAUAAUAUAAUGUAAUAUACGAAUUUAUUAUAAGAACUAUUAAAUAUUAAUGAUUACAUUAAGAUAGUUUUAAACGUGUAAAUAUUUAAAGUUAUCCGAGUGUACGAAUGUUAAUGUAAUUUGUAAAUAUUUUUAUUUAAAAUAAAUUUUAAACACCUUUCGUUUUGUGCAGAAAUAUUUAAAAAGCUCUAUAGUUUGGAAUAUAUUGCAGAAGAAUUAUAUGCAAAGUUUUGGCAAGCUCCUGAUAAAAAUAAAGGGUGCCAUACCGGGCGCCAAACGCCAAUGGAGCAAUGUUACUUAGGUCAGUUGACAACUGAAGUUUCAAUUUAAUUCAAAUGAAAAUUUCAUAUUUCUUCGAUCACAUUUAAUUCAAACAUUCCCGAAUAAAAAAAUGUUUUAAUAAAUUAAAAGCUUAUUUUUUUACAUCGUAUUAAAAAUAAACCUCAAAAAUUGUAAUUUUUCCAAAAUUUUUGUCAUUUAUAUUAUUUUUACCAAAUAAAAUUUGGUAAAUAGAUACACAUGUAAAAAAAAUUGUAAUGUAUGUUGUUUACAUAUUAUUCAAUUAAAAUAUGUAUGUAAUUGAUGAGGUGAGCGCAUUGAAGAUAAUUCAGUGUCCCGGCUGUGAUACAUGAUUGUACCUAGUCAAGUGCUGGUGAUGCUUGACUAACUUAUUUUUGGAGUUAUUUUUAGUAUAAGAUUAUAUACCGAUAUGUAUGAUAUAUGACUGUCAUAUUUUAUCAUAGC